AUCCUUCACAGGAAUCUUUUCUGAUUUAAAGCCUUGAACCUUUAGUUUAAUUUAUAUUUUCGUUAAUCAGAGAGCUUUUGUUAUUUAAUCCCAAAAAGACUUUAUAAUCGUUAUUGAGUCUAAUUUGAAAAGAAAUAUCAGUAAAUCAAGGAGCUUACAUAUAUUUUUCGAAAGCAAAGUAAUCAGUUCAGUUCAAGAUCAAUUAAACAAUUUAUUAUAUGACGAAUUACUUCUCAUCAUCAUCGAAAAUUUGUAUCAGGAUAUUCAAGCAACUGUGGAAUAUGAGUAGUAAUCAUUCAAGCGAUACAGAGCAAUACAGUUUUGAUCAUGACAUAGUGGAUAGCUCCAUAGUAGCUCCAGAUCUUGAAGCCGUAGCACAAGCUCUAAAUAAUUCACAUAAGACCAACGACUGUGAUGAUGAAGAUGAUGACGUCAUCCUCAUUCCACAGCAUAUUGAAACUAUCGAUUUAUGUGAUCAAACACUCCAAUCACAUCAAUUAGCUUUGAAUGAUAAUUCUGUCAUCGUUAUACCUGAUUCACAAGAUAUGAAACCAGGUCCGUCUAGACGUCGCCCUCGUAACAUUGCAUUAGGAAAUGAUGCAAUUGUUCUAGUGAAUGAUGAACUUAAGACAGUUUCUAAACGAUUAAAUUUUGAUGACUCUCAUGAAGAGAUUUCAAACAAGAAAGCAAAGAUAACUUGUCCAAUUUGUUUUGAAUCAGUCGUUGAUCGAAAACCUGUCUCGACCAUAUGUGGACACCUUUUCUGUCGCUCCUGCCUCGAAGAAGCUUUCAUGCAGAAAAAGAUUUGCCCAAUGUGCAAAAAACAUUUGGCUAGAAAAGGUUCUUACCACGAAAUUUAUUUAAAUGCUUAACAUAUUUGAUAUAAAAUUCAUAUUUUUCCUUUGAUUCAUAUCUAUUUCCCUUAUUUUAUUAAUUCGUAAUCAGAAGAGACUGAAAUUAAUAUUUUUUAAUAAUGUUCAAAGACGUUAGAAUAAACAUAUUUAAUAAUCUUCUACCACGACAAAUAUAACUCUUUAAUUUACAUGUUAAAAAUUAAUAAAAUAGGUAUUUAUGCAGUCGAAUGUAGAAGAUUUAAAAAGCUGCUGACUUAUGAAUAGCAAACGAAGGCUCGUUGAAAAAUACAUUUUUGUAAUUUUCCAUCA